GUGGCGAGUGCUGACUGACGUUUGAAGCCGUUCUCGAAGUCGCGCGAAGCCUCGGUCUGUGCGCGUAUUACUAAGACUUUCCUGUGGCGCUAGUUGUGCGCUCACUUCGCGACAAUUCACCGCGACCUUUGCUGCGCAGCUUCACCUCGACACCAACGUCGCCGUCGCUCGUCCAUCCGCAUCUGCAAUCGUCACAAACUCACGCGCCGUUUCCCCGUUUAAGACACGAUCACACCGCAACAAUGGCGAACUACCUCGCCUCCAUUUUCGGAACGGAGCAGGACAAGGUCAACUGCUCCUUCUACUACAAGAUCGGCGCCUGCCGCCACGGCGACCGCUGCUCGCGAAAGCACGUUAAGCCUUCCUACUCGCAGACAGUUCUUCUGCCGAAUCUGUACCAGAACCCGGCGUACGACCCCAAGAACAAGAUGAACCCGCAGCAGAUGCAGAUGCACUUCGACGCCUUCUACGAGGAUAUCUGGUGCGAGCUGUGCCAGUACGGCCUAGUCGAGGAGCUUGUCGUGUGCGACAACAACAAUGACCACCUCAUCGGCAACGUCUACGUGCGCUUCAAGUACGAGGAAGAUGCGCAGAAAGCUUGCGACGCCCUCAACUCGCGCUGGUACGCCGGCCGCCCGAUUUACUGCGAGCUCUCGCCCGUGACCGAUUUCCGAGAAGCGUGUUGUCGCUUGAACAGCGGGGAGGGGUGUGUGCGCGGCGGCUUCUGCAACUUCAUUCACAGGAAGGAGCCGACUGCAGAGCUGGAUCGCGACUUGGAUAUGAGCACGAGGAAGUGGCUGAAGGAGAGAGGUCGUGACCCCAGGAGUAUGAGCAGGAGCCCAACACCACCCGCGAAAAGGUUCUAGGAAGACCGCCGGGGUGAAGCUGUAGGCCAGUACGGAUGGAAAGUAAAGGAUGAGCAGGAUACCAAGCCUGUGCUGAAGGAGGAAUAUGGGGGAGCAUCUUGGUGAAUCUCACAGCAGAGGUCAAGAAUAAGACAACAUCAAGGGUGGUCAGGCGUCAAGGAGUUAAAUACCUCGUCCGCGCGCGUCGCGCAUAGA